CCAUUGCCCCGUCAGGCUGCGCUUAUCAACUUCGCUGUUAGUAGCUUGCUGACUUCGCACUCCCGAUUGAUGACUUGUGUGAGGCGCCACACCUUCAGCCAGGCCAUCGCCAAUUGGGCGCGCUUCUUUUACCCUGAUACGUGCCACCUUCGCGCCAGCGCUCCUAUUGUCUUGCUGCAUUACAUCGAUACGUCCGAACCACUCGUCGGGCCCGGAAAGACAGGGUUCGUAGCUGCAGCAGAGCGACAUCGCAGAGGCCGCACCAUGGCUUCGCGGCAGUGUCAGACGUCACACCACCCUCGCACUGAUGUCUGACAUACUACCCGCUCGAGCGUGCCGCAAAGCAGUUUCAAUGGCUUUUUGUUGCAUGCCCGGGCGCUUGGUCCGAAAAUUCACAAGUUGUAGGCCCGCCCGCCGUUCGCUUCACCGUGCAGCCGCGCUUCGGGUUUCAUUGCUUUCUUGAAAGAAGCGGGCACUGAAUUUUAAUAGGGCAGCGCGCAGGCUGCUUUUCACACUGACAAAAAAAGUUGUACGGCAUGCUCAAAUUCUCCUUCAAAAGCCUAUUUUCCGCGGCUCCAUUACCCAUACUUCAGGGCUCACCAAGCGCUAUGAGUCUCCAUAAUCACCGACGUACCUCUGCGAGGUUGCAGCAAGCGAUAUUUGUCGCGGCGGUGUUUGUCACUCCGUGCGUGCUUGGCUUUGCGCCUCGCGUCGCAGUGUAUCAAAAUGAAGAGGUCACGGGUAAUGGAUGGAGCAACGGGCCCGACAACGUGAGGGCCCAACUGGACUCUGCGGAUGCUGGCGCAGCAGAGCUUGUCGACGCGAGCGCGAAGCCACGCCUGGCCGGCCUUGAUGCGCUCCUGAUUCCGGGGCAGCACAGUGCCUUUUACAGCGGGGUGGAAGUGAUGUCUGACGUGCAAGCAUUCGUCGCGAAUGGAGGUUUGGUCCUGCUGCUGUCAUCUAGCUCGCAUGGCGCCGCGGAGAACGACUUCGUCUCGCAGGCUCUCGACUACCAAGGCGACUGGGUGCGCUGCAAGCAGACCGCCUCCUCCUCCAGCUCCACGGGCUCAUGGGGCGAGCCGGUCCUGGUACGUCACGCCCUCCCCGCCCUCUUCUCCGCCUCCGCCGCCUCCGCCGCCUCCUGGCCCAGCUCUCUGGAGGCUGCGCGGUCCACCUCUUUCUUCAGCUGGUGCCGGCAUGAAGACGCGGACGCCUUCAGCCUGCCCCUCUACACGGCUGCGGACCACACAGACAAGGUGGCGGUGCAGCUCUUCGGCAAGGCCGGCGUGCCCGGUGCGGUGGUGGUGCUGGGCUACGACUGGCGUCAGGGCCCGCAGCGCCGCUGGGGUCGCCUGCUGACGCAGCUGCUCUCCAGCUUUGCCUCGAGCGCCUUCGCCCGCCCCGCCCAGGGCAAUGGUUUUGAGCACCCCCCGCUUGAUGAGCUGGACGCCGGUGACGACAUGAUCAGUAACGACAUGUCUUCAUCGGCCGAUGGCGGUAAGGCCCUGGGCGGGCUGCUGCAGCUGUCCGAGGUGGAUGACGCGGCUGUACGGCUGGCGGAUGAGACGGCCGAGGUCAUCCGGCGCUUCCUGCAGGCCGGCAGUGCCGCCGGCACGUACCCUGGGCCCUCCCCCACCCCGUCGCCGACGCCCUCGCCGACCCCUUUGCCGUCGCCGUCGCCAGACCCGCGCCCGCGCCCGCCCUCGCCGCCGCCUGCGCCUCCCUCGCCGCAGCCCCCGCUACCUCCUGGCCUUGCCCUUGUUAUUGAGGACUACACGGUGACGUUCGAAAACACGACAGCGUUGGGCAUCAACUCGCCCGCCGACAUUGACACGCCAGCAAAGGUCGCAACCGUCAUCGACCACAUCAAGGCCAUGUUUGCCUCAGCUCUGGGCCUGUCCAAGAGCGAGGUGCUGGUGCGCGGCCUUCGCUUCAUCUACAAGAACGGAACAAUCAUUGAGGUGCUCACGCCAACCGCCGCCAACCGCCGCCGCGCCGCCCGUCUCAUGGUGGAGCUUGACAACAAGUCGUCGUCAUCUUCAUCAACAGAGUCGUACGACCUCGUGGAUCCUGCCGUGCACAAAAAGUACGACGGCAGCGAGCUGACGCAGAUGUUCGUACCCGCCUCGGGUGUGGUGGGACUGGUGCGGGAGCGGCGCUCGGCCGUACAGCAGGAGCAAGUCAUGGAGCUGCUGGAUGUUGAGGCCGCCGAGCUCCUCCACCUGUACGACAACUUGCCGGCUGCCGUGCGGCGAGUGCUGGCUGACAAGCAAGGCGACGCGACCAUUGAGGUGCUGAUCACACUUGUCUACUAUGUCGAGGUGCCGCUGCCGCCCAGCCCGCCGCCGCAGCCGCCCGUGCCCCCUGGCACUGUCUUGCCACCCUCGCCGCCGCCCGCUCCGCCGUCGCCCCCGCCCCGGCCGCCGCGGCCGCCGCCCAUCACCCUGGGUAGCGUCAUCAACGCCACGGGCGCCGCCGGUGUGUUAAUGGGCAUCUCGCCGCUGCCGCCCAGCCCGCCGCCACGCCCGCCGGCCGCGCCGCCCACCACCCUCAAGGUUGUCAACAUGACGGGCCAGGGAACACUCCUGCCCAACGGGCGCGCCAUCUACUACGACUCACCCAACUUCCAGACGGCGCUCAAGGCCGGGUCGCCCCUGCAUCUGGUGGACCCCCUGAAGGAGGCCUGCCCCAACAAGUGCGUUGCCUGCCCUCAGGCUUGGAAGGUCGUCGAGGGCAACACCAGCAUCAACAACGCCAACCGCACCGAGCUAGUCUCCGUGCCCAUUUUCUUCAAGGAGCCCACCCAAAUCAGCCGUAUGUUCUUCAAGCAGGUCCGCAACUCGGGGGUGGUGCGUGUGCAGCUGAUCAAGUGGUCGGGCCGGCCCGUCAACGGCACCUGGUCUGCAGCCCUGAACGCCUCCAGCCUGGGCAAGGUGGUCUACAACGUGUCCAAGGACUCGACCAUGUGCCUAUCGGUGCUGGUGGUGCGCAUCGGCCCCAAGAAGUCGGGAGUCAACCUGCCAGUGCCCACCAACGGCACACAGGCGAACCUGCCCGCCAAGCUCAAGGCCAAGUCCCUGGGUGGCGUGCUUGUGACCAUGCUGCGUCCCCCCGGCGCCGGCCCCAACUACGGCCCCUUCCUGGAGUGGGUGCGCUUCCAGGGCCGCGUGCUCUACCCCUCCAGCGUCAGCGUGUACAAGAACCUGCUGGACCCGGUCUCACGCCGCAAGUAAACAACAGAGUUGUCUUUCAGUUGCCGGCAUGAUUCGGUGUGGAGCUUGAGGCAGUGUGGAGACUGAUUUGCGCCUGCCUGUUUGAAGAAAUGUGUUUGGGCAGUGAUGGGCGUCGCUGUGGGCGAAGGUGACUCCGCGCUCACACGCUGUCCUUUGUUGCCAGCGCUCCACACGAGCUUUGUUCUGCGAGCUUGUCGUUGUGCAUGUGCGCCUCGGCAAAAGAUAAUUUGAUAACAGAAGUGUAUGAUGGUGCCUAAGCAAGUGGUACCUUGAAGCGUAGUAUGAUGUCCUAUGGCGCAGUUGUUUGGCUGCAAACCUUGCAUAGCCCCAGCUUUCAGCUGCUGGUCGGAGCACUUCAACUUCAUCCUAAAGCGCCGCACUCGGGCUGCGGGAUGGGGGACUGGCAGCAGCAGUCUGUCGCCGCCCCACCCCGUGGCCCCGCCCACCACGCCCAUCACGCCACGCAUCCCUCCGCAUUGUGUUUGCGCGCACACCAUACACGUACGUAUGUUUUGUAUGUUACGUUUCGCAACCCUAACAUGGAGAACAUGGGCGACUGGCAACGCGAGUGUUUUCCUCGUAUUCAAUGUAGUAGAACGCUGCAUGCAUGGCUGCGUAUCCCUGGCUUGUGGCUGGGUGCUGGCAGCCGGGGUCUUCAUGUUGGUUGGGCGUAUCCGUCUAUGCGGGGAUGUGCUUUAACGUUGUCCACCAAUUGCGAAACUGGUGGUAGUAAUAUGGAGGCUUCAUAAAUUCUCUUCUUGCGCGCGCGUAAUGCCUGUUCGCGGUGCCAGCUGGCGGCAAGUGCCUCACGGCAUGCUCUGCUACAGCCUUACUUGGGCCCGGCGCAGUGUGCAAGAGCGUGGGUGUUUACUUCAUGUGUUCAGUUUGCGGGCUUUGCACAAUGAGCACGGCUGUAUGUUAUUCUCUGUGCCACAAUUCCGCAUCAUGUGCGCCAUGCUGCGCACACGACCUACCACGCACCUGUACGAUGCUGAGUGGAUGGACAUCAACAUUUAGCUUCCGCACCUGGCCCAGUACACCUGCAGGAGCAUGCAUGCGGCGGAUGGAUGCGCGCAACAGCCAUUCUUUGAUUGAUUACGGUUUUCUGUGCCGAGAUCAAAGGGGCUGUGCGUGCGACAGCUGUUGCUACCAUACCCACGCACCCGCAAGAACGUGUGUGUGCGGGGGGGCUUGCCACUCAUGAUGCAGGAUGAAACGUGCGUGUUGGGGCGGAUGCAGUGAGGUUGCACUAUAUCAAAUUGGUUCAGUCCGGAUGAUUCUACGGCAUGCAAGAAUUUCACGCAAAGCUGGUAUUUCCCGUAAUGAUGCAGAGAGUUUGCCUGCUUUUGGUGCACGUGCGCUCUCUCGAGUAGGAUGGGCGGUGUUCCGCCUGCACUAACCUGCAUUCCCGAAUCUACGGUACACGUUUUACGUUGUCAUUAGAGUGCUGGAAGCAAGGCGGAGACGGAGAGAAUGCGGUGGGGCAUGCCAGACGCAGGCGCGGUGGCAGCAAUCAACUGCCGUGUCCCAUGAGUCAUCCAGGUUUUUCGUGCCUGGCAGCAAUUAACUGCCGUGCCCCACCAGUCAUCCAGGUUCUUUGUGCCUGGCUCUGAAGCAUGUCUUUGAUGAACCGUUCAACCAAACUCAAUAUGCCAUAUGUUAGCAUUGUGUGGAGCCUAUCGACGCACGUGCAUGCAUGAUCGUGCAGGCGCCAUGUUGCAUCUCAUUGUCGCACUAUGAAAGUGUGGUGAGACAUGCGCCUCUCGUGCAGACUGUACGGCGGGUGCCCGUUGAUGUAUCGUUUGAUAGGGGCAUGUGGUGAUGAGGCACUCGCACGAGAAGCGAGCAACGCAAGGCAGCUUGCGCCGAGCCGUUGUCUGGCUGCUGUUGAUACGUACCUACGUAUGGCUGCACGCCGUCCCUACGUGCUCCCGCCAUACCGGUGGCAUGGCUGGAGCGGUGCCGCCAGUGCUGCGUGCACUCCGCAGUGUGUAACAAUUAACAAGU